AUGAUCGCUUUUAUAUUUAAUGAAACGAGCAUUGACGAAUAUCCAACAAUUGAAGCGGAUCUUGACGCAUUGGAAGAAUCGAAAAUCAAAACUAGUCGAUCAUUAUCGGAGAACUCUGCCAAAAGUUUUAUUACACCGAAAGCAUUUGGAUGCUCAUCCUAUUGUAAAAAUGGAGCAUCAUGCACACUUGUAGGACAAACUAUUCAAUGUCAGUGCACAGCUCCAUGGACUGGUACUCAAUGUACAAUUACACGUCAAAGGCAAACAGUAACAAACUGUAAUCCGAAUCCAUGUGUAAAUGGACGCUGUGUCAUUGGUGUAGUCCCUGAGGCAUGGAUGUGUAGUUGUAAUCCUGGAUACACUGGCCCCUUGUGUGACACUCAAGACGGUUCAUCCACUGUUAGUAAUCUUAAUAAUCUUUGUGCCGUUAAUCCCUGUUUGAACGCAGGAGUUUGUCAAACGAGCAAUGUGGGAUUUCAGUGUCAGUGUCCAACAAACUAUGUUGGAAAUCUAUGUCAAACUACAACAGCAACCACCACCGCUACGCAACCUGCACCAUCACUUGCUUGCGUUGUUGCACCAUGUCCUCAGCCGACCGUAACAGUUAUCAAUCCCUGUCAGCCAAAUCCAUGCCAAAAUAACGGUGGUUGUGCGGUAAACGCUGGAAUCGCUCGCUGUUAUUGUUCGGGGGCUUACACUGGAUAUUAUUGUCAAUUUGCGCGAAAACGUACAAUUAGUACAUCGGCUUGCUCGAAUAUAACUUGCUUGAACGGUGGUGAAUGUUACAUUGGUGAUAAUGGAGCGAAAUGUACGUGUUCAAAAGAAUAUUACGGUGAUAAAUGUCAAAAUAAUAACCGCCCAAGAUCAUGUCAGCCAAAUCCGUGUUUGAAUGGAAAUUGUGUGGCAACAAAAGAUGGAUACAAAUGUAUAUGCAAUGCUGGUUCCACAGGAAUUUUGUGUGAACAAAUACAAAGAUCAAAUGAUUAUCGUUGGUGUCCACUGGAUUGUAAAAAUGGUGGUACAUGUGUUUACCAAGGAACAACAGCUAAAUGUCGUUGUCCAACGGAAAAAACGGGUCGUGUUUGCGAAUAUUGUACGUAA